AUGCCAGCUCAUAUCAAUAUAGACGCUCAUAAGGACUAUGUCCUCAGUCUUUACGCGGACAAAACCUCGCUCCCGGACAUAUGUCAGGCUCUGCAAGAACAACAUGGCGUCGCGAUUACAGCUAAAACACUCCGUCGCCGAAUCGACGAUUGGGGGGUCAAGGGGGGAAAAUCAGCGUAUCGCACUUUGAAGGAUGAUAACCUCCGCGAGCGCGUCAGGAAGCUCGUCCUGGAAGACAAGCUUCCUACGAAAGUACGCUCUCCUAUUGCACGUGAUUGUGACAGUUGUUGUGAGAUGCUAAUUGAUAUUGAACAGAAAGUUCUUGAAGUCCUCGCAGAAGAAGGAUAUAAUAUGUCUGAUACCACGCUGCGCAGGAUGCGCAAAGAUCUGGGUAUCGUCCUUCGGAAUGACGACCCUGUGAAAUUGGCGCGGCACCGCGAUCGAAUGCGCCAUCGUCGUCAACUUGAGAUUGCCCUAGAUGGUCAACUUCCCGCAAGGUAUAGCAUAGCGGCCACCGUGCCAACCCCACCCCCGCGCUUUCCUGAUCUUCGUCGAUUCAGUUCGAUUCACCUUGAUAUCUUGUUUCAAUCUAACUGA